CAUUUCAAUAUUUUGUUAUUUCUCUAUGCACAUAGCAUCAUUGCAUUCUGUAAAGAAAAUGGAGAAUGGGAAUAUGAAGAUGGAGACCCCAAAAAAUAUUACAAUAAAAGGGAUUCUUGGAAUGUUAAUGGCAAAUCUUGAUGAUGAGAAGAAGAGGAGAGUGAUUUCUCUUGGGAUGGGUGACCCAACUGCUUUUUCUUGCUUCACUACUACUUCUGUUGCAGAAAAUGCUGUUCUUGAUGCUCUCACUUGUCAGAAAUUCAAUGGGUAUUCUCCUACCGUUGGUCUUCCUCAAACAAGAAGGGCAAUCAGUGAAUAUUUGUCCAUAGAUCUUCCAUACAAGUUAUCUCCAGAUGAUGUAUAUAUAACAGCAGGCUGUACACAAGCUAUAGAAGUAGCUAUAUCAAUUCUAGCCACACCAAAUGCAAACAUCUUGGUUCCAAGACCAGGGUUCCCAAUCUAUGAUCUCUGUGCUGGUUUUAGAAAUGUCGAAAUCCGCCAUUUUGACCUUCUUCCCGAGAACGGUUGGGAGGUUGACCUCGAUGCCGUUGAUGCAUUGGCUGAUGAGAAUACGGUUGCAAUAGUCGUUAUAAACCCCGGGAAUCCAUGUGGAAAUGUCUAUAGUUUUCAACAUUUAAAGAAGAUUGCUGAAACUGCAAAGAAGCACAAGAUUGUAGUUAUAGCAGAUGAAGUUUAUGGGCAUUUAGUCUUUGGACCGAACCCUUUUGUGCCAAUGGGUGUUUUUGGAUCGAUGGUGCCUGUCCUUACGCUUGGAUCUUUGUCAAAAAGAUGGAUCGUUCCCGGUUGGCGGCUUGGGUGGUUUGUGACCACUGAUCCUAACGGAAUUUUCAAAAACGCAAAGACCGUGGAGCGUCUUAAGAAGUACUUUGAUAUUUGCGGGGGUCCUGCAACCUUUAUACAGGCAGCAGUUCCUCAAAUUCUUAAGGAAACCAGCGAUGCGUUCUUCGCAAGAACUCUCAGCAUACUGAAACACACCUCCAAUCUUUGUGUCGAGAAAGUAGAAGAAAUCCCGUGCUUAACGUGCCCAACAAAACCGCAGGGAUCCAUGGCUGUCAUGGUGAAACUUAAUGUUUCUAUGCUAAAAGAUAUCAGCGAUGACAUCGACUUCUGUUUCAAGCUAGCUAGAGAAGAAUCCGUGAUCCUUCUUCCAGGACUGACAGUGGGACUGAAGAAUUGGAUACGCAUAACUUUUGCCGCAGAACCAUCUUCUCUCGAAGAAGCUCUUGAGAGAGUUAAGAUCUUUUGCCAUAGGCAUUCUUAUGAACCAAAAGGUUCAGCUUGAUUCAAGAUUGAUGAACCACCCACAUAUAUCUUUAUUUUUUUUUAUUUCUUUUUGUGUUUUUUUUAUUUCUUUUUUUCUUGUAUAUAAUGUAAAAUGUAAAAGUAAAAACGAUAACUUAUUCAAAUAUACUCAGUAUAUUUCACUCAAAAGUAAGUUCGGAAACUUCAUAGAAUGUAUAAAUAUAC